GUCAGUGUCCUCAGAACUCUCUCUCUCAUUCUGACUCAGCACGGCAACAGCACGGCAACAUGGCUCACCGUCGCUUUGAGGGCAAAGAGCACGCAGCCUCCUACCUGAGGUACAGGGUGUCCCCCCCACAGGAACUGAUCGCAGAGAUACUGGCAUUUCUGGAGAAUAUGAAAGGAAGGCCGUUCGACCUUGCCGUGGACGUGGGCUGUGGCUCGGGACAGGGGACACUCCUACUGGCCCCUCACUUUACCCAGGUGAUUGGGACAGACAUCAGCCCCGCCCAGCUGGAGGUGGCUCUGGCCAAUAGCAGCGCCCCAAAUAUCUUCUACAGGCAGUGUCCUGCAGAGGAGUUACCGUUCGCUGACGGCGAGGUAGACUUGGUGACCUCCAUGACCGCGGCACACUGGUUCCACCGUCCACGGUUCCUCCAGGAGGCAGACAGGCUGCUGAAGCCCAGAGGGUGUCUGGCCCUGGUCAGUUAUACCCUGGACAUGGACCUGGAGUACGGACAACACUCCCACACUCUGACUGACAUCUGUCAUCAGUUCUACAAGAACCUGCUGCCAUUUCGCAGUGCCCACAUAGGUACUACCACAGUCCCUCUCUACAAACAGAUGUAUGACUCAUGCCCGUACCCAGACAAAGAGUGGCAUGAGUGUCUGCGGAUGAGGAGACCGAUGCCUCUGAGUGGCUACAUCGGCAUGGUGGAGACCUUCUCUAGCUAUCGGGCGUUGCUGAAGCACGAUCCAGUGGAAGCUCACAGGUUCUCCCAGGACUUCAGGAACAGGCCGAGGUUGCUGUCUGAGAUGGGGGAGUCGAAUCCAGACACAGAGAUCACAGUGGUGAUCAAGUAUUUCUACUGGCUGGCCUGCAAACCUGCUGCAGCCUGAUCUGGGGCAAAGAAGCAGCAAACCUGCUGCAGCCUGAUCUGGGGCAAAGAAGCAGCAAACCUGCUGCAGCCUGAUCUGGGGCAAAGAAGCAGCAAACCUGCUGCAGCCUGAUCUGGGGCAAAGAAGCAGCAAACCUGCUGCAGCCUGAUCUGGGGCAAAGAAGCAGCAAACCUGCUGCAGCCUGAUCUGGGGCAAAGAAGCAGCAAACCUGCUGCAGCCUGAUCUGGGGCAAAGAAGCAGCAAACCUGCUGCAGCCUGAUCUGGGGCAAAGAAGCAGCAAACCUGCUGCAGCCUGAUCUGGGGCAAAGAAGCAGCAAACCCCACAGUCUCUUCCCUUGAGGUUUUCUGCAUCUAAUGGCAAAAUGACAUCACUAAAAGAGAGGUUACACAUUACAACAAAUAAGACCACGUGUUACAAUGCAACUUAAAUCAUUAGUCCAUCAAAGUCAAAAUGAAAAGUGAACCCACAUGAACUCCAAAUACCAUCUAAAGAAGAUGUUUACGAUGUUUCAGAAUAGUCUGGAUACCCGAUGAGCUCAACCAUUUCUUGUUUUAUAAAGAAACAGCUUGUUAAAAUA